GGCGCACUUCGCAGCGAACCGUGGCCGGCUGCGCGCGAGAGCUCCGCGCAUCGAGUCAGUCGCGCUCCGACCUCCGUCGCGGAAAGGUCCACGUUGCUGCUCUCUCUCAGUCCGUUUCCCUGUGCGCGUCGUUCUCGAUCGUCACAUCGCGGAUCUUAUCGGCGCGUGUGUUGUACAUAUACACGAAAGUGAAGACCGAGUAAUAUAGCGCGAGUGUUCCUGCUUUUUUUACUCGAUUUUAAACGAUUGGUGCAAAAGUACGGAAGUUCUUCUCACGCCGGCGAGACGUCGGAAAGAGAUCGCCGGUGGAUGCUUUUUACGUCCUCUCCCAGCUGUCGCGAAAUCGUCUCAAGGACUGCUCGCAACGGCGACGAGGUGACAACGAGAACGGUGACGCACGCAGCCAAAAAUUGACCGAAGAUGGCCAAGAGCGCUGAGAGAUUACCCGGCACUUCCACUAGACUUAGGACCAGGGACGACGGUUGCUGUUCCGUGAAUUUCCUGAAAUACGUUCUUCAUAUCUAUAACGUCGUGCUGUUUCUGUCCGGACUGGUGGUGGGCGGCAUCGGUAUCUGGACCGUGGUAGCAAAGCACAGCUACGUGUCCCUUAUGUCUACGUCGACGUAUCCCACUUUGGCCUACGCCUUGAUCGUCGCAGGUGUGUUGGCUGUCAUCGGUAGCUGGCUCGGAUGCGGCGGCGUAACUUCUGAAAACCGAUGUUGUCUGCUCGUGGUGAGUCUGCAUAUAUAUCGUUUGAGAUACUCGAUAUAAUUCAUGUGUACCACA